AUGGAAAACCAAACAUACAACGUGGACCUUCUCAAGCUUGAAGGAAUGUACGUCGACAAUCUGUCCAUGUACCCAGCCUUUAUCUUCCUCCUGAUCGUCUACAUCUUCUCAAUGGUGUCCAACAUUGGGCUCACAGUUCUUAUCUGCUUGGAGAGGAUUCUGCACCAGCCCAUGUACAUCCUCCUUGGCAACAUGUCUUUCAAUGAUGCUCUUAGUAUCACCACCGUCAUACCUCGACUGCUGUUUGAUAUUUUAACACCUACUUCAGACAGAUAUAUUACCUAUAAUGAAUGUUUCACCCAAGCUUUCUUGGGCCACUGGUUUGCUGCAAACUUUCAUACAAUACUGAUGACCAUGGCCUUUGACAGGAAUGUGGCCAUUUGCGACCCUCUGCGAUACACCACCAUCAUGAACAACUACAUGCUAGUGAAACUAUGUGUAUUUGCCUGGUUGAUGUCUAUUGUCUUUGUGGCAGCCCUCCUCGGCCUUGUAGUACCCUUGUCUCGUUGCAGGUCGGAAAUCACCAACCCUUGGUGUGACAAUGCCUCGCUAGUCAAGCUAUCCUGUGAGACCACGGUUGUGAAUAACAUUUAUGGACUUUUUUACACUGCCAUAUUAUUUGUCUCCUCCAUGGGGAUUGUGGCUUAUACAUACAUUAGAAUCACCAUGGUGUGUUUGAGGAGUAAGAGCAAAUCGCUUAACAGAAAAGCCCUACAUACAUGUUUUACACAUCUGGCUGUAUAUCUCAUUAUGCUUUUUGCAGGUUUUAUCAUUGUCUUCCUCCAUCGGUACCCACAGUGGUCAAAUUACAGGAAACUGGCAUCAGUUAUUUUCUAUGUGGUUCCUCCUGCCCUGAACCCUCUUAUCUAUGGAUUCCAGUCUAAGGAUAUUCGUAAACAAGUCAUAAAUAUCUUGAAAUCCAAGAAAGUGUCUCCUUGA